UUACUCAUUAUUAGCUUAGUCUUCAAAGUUGCAGGACUCGUCAAGACUUAAAAUGAACUGGUUACCGCUUUUGUGUACCGUUCUAACUCUCAACAGCUUCGCCGAAGCCCGCUCUUCGAAAAAAAGUAAAACCACAAAAAAAUAUUUAACGCGAUCAGAAUAUUUUGAAACUGUUUUAAGGUACGCCCGCAGACUAGACAGUCUUCUGAAGAUUACUUGUGAGGAUAAUAAAAAUUGGCUCACGGAGACCUAUACUAACAAUGGUUACAUGAUAUCUUAUGACCUCGAUGGAUUGAACGAAUCGACUCUUGAUGUGAAAAUCCAAAAUAGAGUGUUGUUCACGAUUAUUGAUCAGACGAACAACCUGGAUCCUUUUGUAGAUGUGAGGAUGUUACCAAUGAUGGUGGAUGUCAAUCGUGCAGAGUGGUACAUAGAGAAUCGUGUGCUAAAAGUAGUGGUACCUUUUAGUGUUAGACUCAGUGAAGCUAUGCCAAAAACUUGCGAAUUUGAUGAUACAGAUUUUGCUGUUCCUGAGACAAUUGAGGUUUUUGAAUCAUUUUAAUCAUAUAUGAUGCACUUACCUAAUUAGCAUAAGUUGUAUUUGAUAAUUAGAAAUAACAAACAAUACCUAAAUAUAAUUAUACUUUAUCAAUGUUGUAUCUACAGACUUGGUUGGCUAUAUGAUUUCAGUUGCCAUAAGAUCCUAAGAAAAUGUUUAUGAUAUACAAAUAAAUCCUACUCCAUCAUAUUAUUUCGUAAUUAUUUCGCAUAAGUAAUUACAAUAUUGUUUAGGUAUGUACCUAUGUAUAUUUAAAGAGUACCUACGUAAGUCUAUGUAAGCUAGAUAUUUUAAUAACUAGUUGAUAUUAUAAUAUUUUCCAACGAUUUAU